UACUUUCGUUCUUUUUCCUAUUCAGACAACAUCUGCUCUUCUUCUCUUCCAUUUUUGCUUCAAUUUCAACCCAACCUCUCUCACACUUCAACGUCAACAACUUCAUUCAACGGAUACUGUCUCACUUUCUCUGUAAAUUCAACCAUUUAUUUUUCUCUCUCUAGAAAUACCAUUUCUAAUGUUACUCUGUUAGCAGUCUUAGCCGUGCUUCAUCUAUGCUAGGGCCGAAGAAGAAAAAGAAGAAGAAGAAGAAGAAGAAGAAAAGGAAAGUAAAAGUAAAACCCUUUAAUUAAUCAAACCCUGAACUCAUUUUUUGUAAAGGGAUAGUAAAUUCUAAUGGUCUUCAAGAACAAACUCUUCUUCUCUUCUAAAAAAUCUGGCGCUUCUAGCCCUGAUGGAACCGACAGCCCUCGAUCCGUCGGUUCCAAUUCUCCGAUUGGGUCCGAUAAGAAAAAGCCUAAAUCUUCAUCUAAAGAUGAAAGUCCCACUGCCCAUAAUUCCGGUUUUGCUGCUGCAGCUUGUAGACAAACGCAAGUUAAGGACGGAGUCAAGAAGGACUCUUUGAAAGGUAAGGAAAGUGCUUCUCAGUCGCCGGGUAGGCUGGGUUUGUCCAAUUCUGGCUCUAAGAAGGCUGCAGCUGCGAGGGCGGUGGAUGGGAAGGACACCGCCGCUGCAGCGGCGUCUUCUGUGUCUCCGAUAUUGGCAUCAUCUUUAGGUUUGAACAGGAUAAAGACGAGAUCGGGGCCGUUGCCGCAGGAGAGCUUUUUCAGUUUUAGAGGGGAUAAGGGGUCGGGGGUGCUGGGGUCCAGUAACUUAUCCAAGCCUUGUGAUGGUGUUGUUGGGGGUGGAGGGGGGAGUUCAAGUUCAUGUUCUGGGGCAGGGAAGAAGAAAGAGAUAAUGGGAGAGAGUAGGAUGAUGGAAUUUCAGCGGAGUGGUGUGGGUGAUAAUGACCACAACUGGGAUAGCAUGAUUUCUCCUGGAACUGUCCAUCCUGGAGAGGUAAGUCCGAAUUUGCAGGCAAGGUCGCAGAUGCGGAAUGGGGAAUCAUCGACAGAGGCAGGUCAACAUAAGUCUUCAUGGGGUCAUUCAGGAGGCUUGAGAAGUUCGGAUGUUUUCACAGCAGAGACUUAUGACUGUGAAAACCCAAAGGAGUCUGAAUCUCCCCGUUUUCAAGCUAUACUCCGAGUGACUAGUGCACCUAGAAAGAGGUUUCCUGCUGAUGUCAAAAGUUUCUCCCAUGAAUUAAAUUCAAAAGGUUUUCGGCCUUUCCCAUUUUGGAAGCCUCGAGGGCGAAAUAACUUGGAGGAGAUCUUGGUUGUUAUACGGGCAAAAUUUGACAAAGCAAAGGAAGAAGUGAAUUCUGAUUUAGCUCUCUUUGCAGCGGAUCUGGUUGGAAUCCUUGAAAAAAAUGCAGAAAGUCAUCCUGAAUGGCAGGAAACCAUUGAGGACUUGUUGGUUUUAGCUCGUAGUUGUGCUAUGACAUCACCCAGUGAGUUCUGGCUUCAAUGCGAAGGCAUAGUCCAAGAAUUGGAUGAUAGGCGCCAAGAACUUCCCCCAGGAAUGCUGAAGCAACUUCAUACCCGAAUACUUUUCAUUCUUACAAGGUGCACAAGGCUGUUGCAAUUUCACAAAGAAAGUGGGCUGGCUGAGGAUGAAAAUGUUUUUCAGCUUCGCCAAUCUAGGCUUCUGCAUUCUGCUGAUAAACAUAUUCCUCUGGGCAUUGGAAGGGAAGGGAAAAGUUCUAGUGCUGAUAAGUCAUCAAUUGCUGCCUCUGCGAAGAAAUCUUAUAGUCAAGAGCAGCAUGGCUUGGAUUGGAACAGAGACCAGGUUCUACUGCAAGGGAGUUCACUCUCUACUGCUGAUGGCAGUUCAAAGAACAUGGAUUCUCCUGGGGGCUGGGAUCGGAUGUCUUCGUGGAAGAAACUCCCAUCUCCAGCAGCAAAAAACAUGAAGGAAGUUGCAUCUUCAAAGGAACUCAGUGAUAGCAGGGUUGAACCUUUGAAAAUGUUGAAAAAUAGGAAAGCAGUUUCUGAUGCAGAUCUAAUUGCCACUAAGCUUUCAGAGCUUCCUACAGCCAAAGAUUCACAUGAACAUUCUACAAAGCACCAACACAAGGUUUCCUGGGGCUAUUGGGGUGAUCAACAGAAUGUUUCUGAUGAGAGUUCAAUAAUUUGUCGCAUUUGUGAGGAGGAGGUUCCAACUUCACAUGUCGAAGACCAUUCGAGAAUUUGUGCAAUUGCUGAUUGUUGUGAUCAGAAGGGUCUAAGGGUGAAUGAACGUCUUGUCAGAAUUUCUGAAGCCCUUGAGAAGAUGAUAGAGUCCUUUGCUCAGAAGGAUAUCCAACAUGGAGUAGGAAGCCCAGAUGUUGCCAAAGUAUCAAAUUCCAGUGUGACUGAAGAGUCUGAUGUUCUCUCUCCAAAACUCAGUGAUUGGUCCAGGAGAGGUUCAGAGGACAUGCUUGACUGUUUCCCUGAAUCUGAUAAUUGUAUUUUUAUGGAUGACCUGAAGGGUUUGCCCUCUAUGUCAUGUAAAACCCGUUUUGGUCCAAAAUCAGAUCAAGGAGUGGCCACAUCAUCGGCAGGUAGCAUGACUCCGAGAUCUCCAUUAUUGACACCAAGGAGCAGUCACAUAGACUUGCUCCUGGCAGGGAAGGUUGCAUUUUCUGAGAAUGAUGACAUUGCACAGAUGAAUGAACUUGCCGAUAUUGCUAGAUGCGUAGCAAAUACACCUUUAGAUGAUGACAAUUCAAUGCCUUACUUGCUUACUUGUCUUGAAGAUUUGAGGGUUGUCAUUGACCGCCGAAAGUUUGAUGCUCUUACAGUUGAGACUUUUGGAACACGCAUUGAAAAGCUUAUCAGGGAGAAGUAUUUGCAGCUUUGUGAACUUGUAGAAGAUGAAAGGGUUGAUAUAACAAGUACUGUAAUAGAUGAAGAUGCUCCCUUGGAAGAUGACGUGGUUCAGAGCUUGAGAACAAGCCCUAUAUAUUCUAAGGACCGCACCUCAAUAGAUGAUUUUGAGAUAAUAAAACCAAUCAGUCGUGGGGCAUUUGGACGGGUCUUCUUGGCUAAAAAGAGAACAACAGGAGAUCUGUUUGCCAUCAAGGUUCUUAAAAAGGCUGACAUGAUUCGUAAGAAUGCUGUUGAAAGUAUACUUGCAGAACGGGAUAUUUUAAUUUCAGUUCGCAAUCCUUUUGUGGUUCGAUUCUUUUAUUCGUUUACUUGUCGUGAGAAUUUGUAUCUUGUGAUGGAGUAUUUGAAUGGAGGAGAUCUGUAUUCUUUGUUGAGAAAUUUGGGCUGCUUAGAUGAAGAUGUUGCUCGCAUAUACAUUGCUGAAGUUGUGCUUGCUUUGGAAUAUCUACAUUCCCUCCAUGUGGUUCAUCGUGAUUUGAAGCCCGAUAAUCUGUUGAUUGCACAUGAUGGUCAUAUCAAGUUGACGGACUUUGGUCUUUCCAAGGUUGGUCUCAUCAACAGCACUGAUGAUUUAUCUGGUCCAGCGGUUAGUGGGACAUCUAUGCUUGGGGAUGAUGAACCACAACUAUCCACUUCUGAGGAUCAGCAGGAAAGACGGAAGAAACGUUCAGCAGUGGGUACACCAGACUAUUUGGCACCUGAGAUACUUUUGGGAACAGGACAUGGCACAACUGCAGAUUGGUGGUCAGUUGGUGUUAUCCUAUUUGAGCUGCUUGUUGGUAUUCCACCAUUUAAUGCUGAGCAUCCACAGAUAAUAUUUGAUAAUAUUCUCAACCGUAAGAUACCAUGGCCGCGGGUGCCUGAAGAAAUGAGCCCUGAAGCGCUGGAUCUAAUUGAUAGAUUAUUAACAGAAGAUCCUCAUCAGAGACUUGGAGCUGGAGGAGCUUCUGAGGUGAAGCAGCAUGUAUUCUUUAAGAAUAUUAACUGGGACACGCUUGCCAGACAGAAGGCUGCAUUUGUUCCCAGUUCGGAGAGUGCACUUGAUACAAGUUACUUCACAAGUCGCUAUUCAUGGAAUACUUCAGAUGACCAUGUAUAUCCAGCCAGUGAAUUUGAGUAUUCCAGUGAUGCUGACAGUUUAAGUGGCAGCAGUAGUUGCCUAAGCAAUCGCCAAGAUGAAGUGGGAGAUGAAUUUGGGGGUCUUGCAGAGUUUGAGUCUGGCUCAUCUUUCAAUUAUUCAUUUAGUAAUUUCUCAUUUAAGAAUCUCUCCCAGCUUGCAUCAAUCAACUAUGAUCUUCUCUCCAAGGGUUGGAAGGACGAUCCAUCUACGAAUCCUAAUUCAUGAUCCCUGUAUCUCCUGUCAAGAGCCAGAAUUGUGUUUUUAUGACAUUGGAUGAAUUUGGGCUUUUGUAGGGUGCAUGAUUGCCAGUGUUGUUUGUAUACCCUGUACAUAAAUAGAAGAAAAUUUGAAAGAAUGGAACUACUUUGGGAUGUGUUCUUUGCCCGUUAUAGGUAAUGGAUCCACACUGUGGGGUUCCAAUUUUAUUGUCCAAGUUGUUUUUGUUUGAGCUGAGGAUUGUUAAAGUUAAUGCUGCAGUGUCGGUUUACAGUCUUAACCUAUGGUGUUACUGGUUUUUGCUUUUAUAUCAACGAGAACACAUCCCGGCAUUAUGAGUUUUCAGUUUCAGUUCAGUGUAACAUGUUUAUCAAACUCUGUGAGCUUCAUUUCCAUCAUUAAAGUUGAGUUAGAAAAUCAUUACCAAGUCUUACUGUUACUGUGUUAAAUAUAACUCAUUCCGUAAAUAUAACUCAGGUAGCCUUGAUUUA